AUGCGCUCGAUUCUUUUGAUUCUUGCACUCGUUUUAUUGCCGACAAUUGAAACAGCAAAGAAAAAGCCCAAAUUCCCGCACAAGUUUAAAAGUCAAGUGAAGAAAGUACCAUGGCUGAGAGCAAGAUCCGUCCGAAGUCCGCAGGUGGACAGAGGAGUCGGAGUUGCGUAUUGCUUGAUUCCAAAGGCCGGCAGUGUCAUCACUCGCGAGAUUCUCUGUGAUGUCCUCAAAGAGUACAAAAGUAUUCCGUAUAAACCGAAAACGGAAAACGUUACCGCGGACAGCACCUGUGAUGCAAAUCGCAACUAUCCGCAGGGAUGGCCAAAAUGGGUGCGUCCUCGAGACACGCUCACUUUCACCGUCGUCCGCGAUCCCCUCGAGCGCUUCAUUUCCACAUACGAGUUUUUGUGCAAA